UCCAUUAGCAGAAGAACAGAAGAGACGAGACCACAGAGGCAGACAGAGCAGAAGAAGAGAGGAAGACAGAAGACGAGAAACGAGAAGAAGAGAAGAAGAGAAGAAAAGAAGAAAAGAAAAGCAUCAUGGACGCUCUGAAGAAAGGAUUGUCCAUGGCGAAGGGCGGCGCGAUGGCCGCUGCCGAGAAGACGAAGGCCGGCGUGGAGGAGGCCGCCACCAAGACCAAGGAGGGGGUCAUCUAUGUCGGAAACAAGACGAUGGAGGGCGUGGCCACCGGUGUCAACACAGUUGCCCAGAAGACGAACGAACAGGCAAACAUCGUUGCCGACACUGCGGUCGCCGGGGCCAACGAAGUCGCCCAAGCGACGGUGGAGGGGGUGGAGAAUGCAGCGGUGGCGAGUGGCUUCGUCAACAUGGAGGAGGCGGGACCAGUGUCCGAGGAGGCUGAUCUUCCAAAGACAGAAGCAGGAAGUGAACAGGCUGCUCAGUAGGUGAGAAGCUGCACAAACAAACAGGAAGUCACAUGGUGCAUUUGUCACGGACUUUACUUUCAUCAGCGGAUGAAUUCCCAUUUGUUCUAGUUGGAAUCUGUAAUAAAUGAAAAAGUGGGCUGGUCGACCCACUCCUCCCAGAGGACGAGUUCAAACUUUAAAAAUGAAAAUCUCUGCGCUCACACGAACCUGGUGAUGUCAUACUUUGCCCAACUGCAUUGUGGUCCUGUUGCUUCGCUCUGAACUUGUACUGUGAAAUUUAGGCCACGAACAAAGGGGCUAAAGUCGCCGCGAGUAGAAAACAUCUGCGACCGACCGUCCGGUGUCAAAGUGACGUGUACGAGCUCGUAACCGUCUCCGGUGCAACACUUUGAAGUGUUUAAAUAUCAAACCACAAGAAAACAUCUGUAAUCUAACUUCUUCUCUUCUUCUCUUCCUCCUCUCUCUGAGAUGGAACGAGAGACGACCAACGUUACGCAUCCUCCUCCGUCGCUCCGAACCCCAAAAGAUGCUUUAUCUACUGUUACUUAACCUAAUUAACCAAUACGACACACUGCCUCCGCAUCACACACACACACACACACUGUCAUAUUGUAACACACACAUGCUCUGUGCUGAUUGGUUGGUGAAAGAUGACGUCACCUAAACUGAGGAUUUUGAUCCCUACAAACUCUGCCCCCUGACAGACAGAUACCUGAGGCCUUUAAAAUGCAUGCUGCUUUACUAAUACACACACACACACACACACACACA